AAAAUCCACCACUCGCAAACACUCGCAAACUAGAUCGAUAGCGAGGUGUACAUUGGUUGUGUGUCGGCUAGCGCUUGGUGGGAUCAAAUAUGGCUCUAUUCAGGAUAACCUCUACAAAAUUGGUCGAAAUACAGAAAGCAUGCCCAACUGCGUCUGUACUCCUGCGCAACCUCAGCGCUGAGAACACUAACCUCAAAGCCAUCCUCCAGGAGAAAAUCCCCAAGGAACAGGAGAAGAUCCGAGAGUUCCGCAAGAAGCAUGGCAACACCAAAGUUGGUGAAGUCACCGUCGACAUGAUGUACGGCGGUAUGCGCGGUAUCAAGGGUCUAGUUUGGGAGACCUCUGUCCUUGACCCUGAGGAGGGUAUCAGGUUCCGUGGACUCUCCAUCCCAGAGUGCCAGCAGGUGCUUCCCAAGGCCAAGGGUGGUGAAGAGCCCCUGCCCGAGGGUUUGUUCUGGCUGCUAGUUACCGGAGACGUACCCACCGAUGCACAGGUCAAGGCUCUGUCCAAGGAAUGGGCAGCCAGGGCCGAGCUACCAGCCCAUGUGGUUACAAUGUUGAACAAUAUGCCGAGCAAGCUUCACCCGAUGUCGCAGUUCUCGGCUGCCGUCACAGCACUGAACAGCGAGUCCAAAUUCGUACAGGCCUACUCCGAGGGAGUACAUAAGUCCAAAUACUGGGAGUACGUAUACGAGGACACAAUGAACCUGAUCGCUAAGUUGCCUGUGAUUGCUGCUACCAUCUACCGCAACACAUACCGCGACGGCAAGGGCAUCGGCGCUAUCGACGACAACAAGGAUUGGUCAGCCAACUACUGCAGUAUGCUGGGCUACGACGACCCCCAGUUCACAGAGCUCAUGCGGCUAUACCUCACCAUCCACAGUGACCACGAGGGCGGCAACGUGUCUGCGCACACCACACACUUGGUCGGCUCAGCGCUGAGUGACCCGUACCUGUCCUUCGCCGCCGGUCUCAACGGUCUGGCUGGCCCACUGCACGGUCUCGCGAACCAGGAGGUGCUCAUCUGGUUAGAGAAACUCCGCAAGCAGGUCGGAGACAACUUCACAGAGGAAGGUCUGAAGGAGUUCAUCUGGAAGACUCUAAAGGCCGGCCAGGUCGUCCCGGGAUAUGGACACGCUGUGCUAAGGAAGACUGACCCUAGAUACACAUGCCAACGUGAAUUCGCUCUGAAGCAUCUGCCAAAUGAUCCUCUCUUCAAACUGGUAGCCGCCGUGUACAAAGUGGUGCCACCAAUCCUAACUGAGCUCGGCAAAGUCAAGAACCCAUGGCCCAACGUAGACUCCCACUCUGGUGUAUUGCUACAGUACUACGGCCUCAAGGAGAUGAACUACUACACCGUGAUGUUCGGAGUAUCGCGAGCUCUCGGAGUACUCGCUCAGCUCAUCUGGUCUCGGGCUCUCGGACUACCCAUCGAACGCCCCAAAUCCCUCAGCACUGACCUCCUCAUCAAACAACUUGGCAAGUAAAUCCAGAUCUCAGGAGCAUUGAAACACUGCCAAUUGACACUCCCAAGCCAAUUGGGUAAACGCUAUACUCCAAUCCCCGUUUCUAAGUUUUUUUGACAAUUCACUGGCGCUUUUGAUUGGCUAACG